CAGCAGGCAGAGGCGCGGGUGGGACGCGCGUCGGGGGGCAGCUUCCUCGUGCGGGCGGACGGAGGAGGUUGCAGGUAUCGGCCGCACCGCGGACCUUGACCUGCGGCCUGGGAGGAGGCGGGCGAGAUUCCCUGGCCGGGCUCUGACCACCUGACCACCUUUCUGGGCGCUGGAGGCCGGGCCCCCGCGCCAGGACUCUACCUCUCCCUGCAGCAUGCAGACCCAGGAGAGCGGAGUCCAGUACAGCAGGUGGGAUGACCGCAGCCGGGAUGAAGUCCAUGUGGUGGCUGGGUCCGGCACAGAGGAGGCCUGGAGCUGGCAGAGGGUCUCCCGGAAGCUGUGCUCGGGCAAGCUGGGCAUCGCCAUGAAGGUGCUGGGUGGAGUGGCCCUCUUCUGGGUCGUCUUCAUCCUCGGCUAUCUCACUGGUUACUACGUGCACAAGUGCAAAUAAGGCUGCCCAGCACGGGCACUCGGGGCUGGAUGCCGUGCGCGGGGACGUGGGCGCGGCGGGCGUCCUGCACACCAGGAUGUUCUUGUAUACACAGAACCCUAUAUACACGAUCGCGUAUACAGAAGACUUCUCUCUGCACAGACUCGUGCCCCUGCCCCCGACACACACACAGACCCAGGGUGCAGAGGUCACUGGCCGGCACGUGGGCACACAGGGACACAGGUGCAUGUGCCUGGCGUGGGUGGCCAGCCCGAGACCACAUGGCCCAGAGACGUGGGCCAGUUUGAGCUGAGACUGUAGGACACGCCCCCAGAGCCCCUGUCGAGGGUCCAGGCCUGGCAGCUCCAGGGAGGGAUUCUCCUUGAGCGGAUGUUGUGGAGCUGUGUGGCCCUGGGUGGGCCCCUGCCCUCUCUGGGUCCUCUGACUCUUCUUUGCAAGGGUGGCUCUGAAGGGGUCAUGUGUGUCCCUCUGCCCACCCUUCCAAGGCCAAGACCCCAUCCUGGAAGUCAGUCCUGAGCAGGGCGGGCAGUGGGGCCUCCGCCCUUGUCUGGGACCCACCACCUAGUCUUCCCUGUAGUGGACUGGGCUGGCCCCCUCGAGGGAGCGGAUCCAGUGGGAAGGUGCCUCCCCCCUGUGCCCUGUGGGAGCCUGUGUGCCAAGGCAGCCAUUAAAAGUCUGUUGAAUGAAGGA